AUGGCACGCACCGAGGACAGCACUCAGGACUUGCUCCAAGCUCAUCUUCAGCUCUGGCACGACUCCCUCGGCUACAUCAGGUCACUUGUGCUGGCCGUUGCCUUGGACCUAGGCAUCGCCGACGCCAUCCACCACCAUGGCGGCAGCGCCACCCUUCCCCAGAUACUCGCCAAGAUUGAUCUCAACCAGAGUAAGCUCCCCGUCCUGCGUCGCCUCAUGAACACGCUCACCGUCUCAGGCACCUUUAGCAUCCAGCAUCCAGCUGCAUCGUCUGCAGGUGGGUGCGAAGCUGUCUACAGGCUAACGGCAGCCUCUCGCCUCCUCCUCAGCGACGAGAGCUCGACGAGCUUGACGCCUCAUCUGAGCAUGAUGCUCGGUCCUUUGCUAGCAUCCCCGCUCGGCACGGUCGUGAGCACAUUGCUCCGACAGGAUGCGCCGCCGGAUCUAUCGGCGCUCGGUCUGGCGCAAGGAGAAACCAUCUGGGAUGUGUCUGACAGCGACGCUGUUCUCAUCAACGAGUCACUACACGACGCCAUGGCCUCAGACACCCGCUUCCUUAUGCCAAUUGUCCUGAAGGAGUGCAGCGAGGUCUUUCAUGGGAUAAACUCGCUAGUGGACGUCGGCGGCGGACCAUCUGGGAGUGCUGCCACCGCCAUCGCGGCGGCAUUCCCGCAUUUGAAGUGCAGCGUGCUGGAUCUCCCUCACGUUGUUGCCCAAGCUCCAUCUGAUGGCAACGUGCAGUUCAACGCGGGUGACAUGUUCCAGAGUAUACCACCGGCAAAUGCUGUUUUCCUCAAGUGGAUUUUGCAUGACUGGGACAAUGAGGAGUGCAUCAAGAUAUUGAAAAAUUGCAAGCAAGCCAUCCCUCCACGGGAUGCUGGAGGAAAGGUAAUAAUAAUAGAUAUGGUUGUUGGAUCAGGGCCGUCGGACGUCAAGCACAAAGAGACACAAGUUUUGUUUGAUAUCUUAAUGAUGGCGUUCAAUGGAGUUGAACGAGAUGAGCAAGAAUGGAAGAAGAUUUUCUUCGAAGCUGGAUUUAAGGACUAUAAAAUUAUACCAGUCCUUGGUGUCCGAUCUAUUAUUGAGGUCUAUCCGUGAAAGCUUGUUGAACAAGGCCGUCCAGGAAUAAUAGCAUGGUCAAAGUAUUAGAUGUCGUAAAUGCUUGGGUUUGUAACCCGAUUAAGUACGUUUUAUUGUGGGGGAAAUGUGUCGUAGGUACAAUAACUUGCACGACAAA